AAAAGGCAUGAGUCAGUUUUAUUUUGGCCGUUGUACUGUUUAGACGUAUCGAGGUUAUAUGUGUUUGUUUUUGUGUAUAAUUUAAGGUUACGUACGAAUUUCGUGUUCAAGAUAUUACGCAUUUAAUCGUGAUUCUUAAAAAUACAUUUAUUUGCCAGUGUUUGUAAUAUUUUCAUUUAUUUAUGAGUGUUUUAAAUACGUUCUUUUACAAGUGUAACAUUGUGGCAACAGUUUCGCGCGGUUUUAUUCGCAAGUGCCAGUAUAUUUCGCCAUUAUUAUGGACGGAUGAGAAACUGCUGAUCAUCACUAUGCUAUCUACGAACAAUGUUUUAUUACUUCUACAUCUUACAUGAUGAUGUGUACAAUAAAUUGUCUAGAAUGGACUAUAGCACCAUCAAUCGUAAUAUUCUUCGCAUCGAUGGUAAUUAAUCAUGCCGGUCGUGCCAGCCGAGGGUGCCGGCCAACUGGAGGACCUUGACGAGCCUCCAGAGCCUCGUGUCCGAGGUGGGAGCGGAAGGGCCAGCCUUAUGAAACCCCUGGUUGUCCUCGCCCUUCCUGGCAUGUAUCUUUUCUACAAGUACAGCCAGUACAGGAGGGAGCAGCGCGAAUUGUCACGGAGGCGGGUCACCGAGAGGGAGCUUCAACAUCUUCAUCACAAGAUCGACAAGCUGUUGACCAAGCUCGAGAAAAACGAGCCGGAAUUAGCCUCCUCUCAAGAAGACGAGUGCGUGAUCUGUGUGAACGCCAGAGCCACGAUGCAAACAGCUCCGUGUGGUCAUCGGGUCGUUUGCAGGCGUUGCUUCGUCAAGACGAUACAAAUGGCCGUGUCGCAGAGGCUCUUACCUUUGAGAUGCGUGAUAUGCAGAGCAAAGAUUCUACGUUUGAAACAAACCCUCAUCCCACGGGACUACUCGAUGUCAGGAAAGUCGUGGGUCCUGCCGCAAAGCGCCUCGGAGUACAAUAUGGGGACGGGAGUGCCCGUUGGAGUGACUGGACCCGGUGGAAGAUGGGUCGCUGGAAGCGUCCCGGCAUCCGCCUCCCUCUACUCAAUGGCGAGCGGUUCAUCCUCCAUUUCCGGAGUGUCUUCCGUGUCUUCCUCGAGUUCGUCCUCUGCAAGUAGCACGGGAAGUUCGAAUCUUGGGAAACCUACGAGGGUGAGGCAACCUUCCGGCGCGACUUUGAGACGCUCCCAAACGCAAUCUAUGAAAAUGAGAAUUCAGGAGUAUCAAGAUCCGGUUCAACAGGUCGCCGAGGAGGAAGAGGUGAUGAGGGAAAAUCGGGAUCGUAGAUUGCCGCCUAUCAAGGAAUUCCAAAGAGACUAUCGCGCUGGAAAAGCAUCCACUAGGAUAAGAUGUGCUCAAAAAAUUGUGACUCAACUGGAAGCGUCACCGAGUCCCAGGGACUCGAGCAACGUGUCCAGCUCGACGUCCUCGUCAUCGACGAAAUCUACGUCGAAGAGGCCUCAAUCGGCGCCGAAGUUGUCGGUGGUCCAAGAGAUCCAGAAGUCGAAGAAGGAAAAGGAAAGGGAGAAGGAGCGAGAGAAAGCGGAGAAGGCUCGUCAGAAGGAGGAGGAGAAGGCGGAGAAGACAAGGCAGAAGGAGGCUAAGAAGCUGGCCAAGGAGGAGAAGAAGAGGGCGAAGAAGGAAGCGAAGGCGAGGCGAAAGGAGGCCGAAGAAUCCCUCCUUAGGGAGGAAAAGUAGUCUUCGAGUAGGGACGACAAGUAGAAAAAUCAAGAACGAUCGAUAAGCCUGGAAGAAAAAAAAAAAAAGGAUUUAAAAGAAAUACUAUUAUAGGAUCUAAUCUCAUCGCGCUCGGGGCACGUUCAAGCUGUGUCGUGGACGCGAUCGUUAUCAAAGAAAGAGAAUAAAAAAAUAAAAAA